CUUCGAUUGCAAAGAAGAAGAAGAAGAAGAAGAAGAAGAGAGGGUUCAAUCAUGCCGCGACAAGCGAUAAUGUGCUGCUGGUAUUCUAUGAAAGCUGUGGGUCUAAAAGCGCAAGCGAGGGUUGUGAGUGCAACCCGUUCAGUUGCAUGUGGCGAUCAGAGGGACAUUCACCCCCCACUCAGUCUGGAAUCGGCAAUAACUCCACUCUUGUGUUUUGCGAGUGUAAUCUAUAUUGCUGCCUCGCGUGUGCGGCAGAUGCUCUAUUCCAAGGGUAUCCUGCACGUCGAAAGAAUACCCGUUCCUGUCAUCAGCAUCGGCAACGUAACAUGGGGAGGGAAUGGUAAAACCCCAAUGGCAGAGUAUGUUGCGAAACGGUGUCUGCUUGCAGGCUGCCGGCCACUGAUUUUGGAGCGAGGGUACGGAGGCGGCGAUGAGGUGCGCCUACUUCGAGCCCGCUUGAAUGGGACCAGCACCGUCAUCGGCGUCGGAAAGGAUCGCGUGAAAGUCGCCUCCGACGCGAUUCACGGGUAUGGGGUUGCUGCAGAAUCAAUGCAGGGUGACAGGCAGGGUAGGCCUGACCAAGCACUUGUUUGGAAGGACUUGUUUAGAAGAAGGCCGAAUGGAACGAAUGUCUCACGCCGAAGUGGGUUUCCGGCGAACGCUCCAUCUCAUUAUGCCCCCUCAUCUUCGGGGAAGACAGACAGCAUCGAUGGUGAUCGACACGAUGGGAGAGCAGCCACGGUCCUAUGCUGUUGCGGCAGGGAUGGAAUUGACGAAAGCAGCUGGCAGCAUGCUUUCAACACGCCCUCAACAACUGUUUUGUCCGGCGGGUCAUCAGCAGCAGCAUCUAGUGAUAGUGAAGGUUUUCGGGGUAGGAAAACAGUAGGCGUCGAAGAUAAAUCCAGCUGCACCGGUGAUGGAAUAGGUGUGGCCAUCCUUGAUGAUGGCAUGCAGCAUUGGAGGCUGGGAAGAGAUCUAGAGGUUGUCAUGGUUAACGCUCUAUCCCCUUGGGGAAACGGCAGGACAGUGCCACGUGGGCCUCUACGAGAGAAUCCUGCCACUGCGAUUGGGCGGGCGGACGUGGUCGCAGUCCAUCAUUCCGAUCUAGUUCCGAAGGGGGCGCUCGUCGAACUGCUAGAAGAGAUGAAGAAGCUUGCUGGGCCGGCAGCAAUGGUCAUCAAGACGGCGAUGAUACCCACGCACUUCAUCCGCCUAAGAUCGCCGACAAGAGGAACGGCGCUACCAUCAUCGUCGUCAUCAUCACCACCAUCAAGCGAAAAUAGCUCGUGGGCAGGAGAAAUUUGUUGUGAACGCGGACUUUCUGCAGGUUUUAUCCCUGGCAAGCCACACUCUAAAAAUAGCACUGAUCAAUGCAAAUGCCUGGAUAUUCUUGAUCUCCGACUAGAUCUAGAUGGCAGCAUGAAUACGGGAAGUGACCUGCGAGAAUCCAAUCCUUCCGCGGGAGAGCACUGUGGCGAGGGGGGUGGCUACGAGGCCACCAUCACCAACCAUGAGAAAAACAGACUGCCAAGAAUCGCCGUCGAUAUCGAUUCUCCGCGCCGUCAGCCAGCAGGAAACCUUCCGGGAGUGACAGUGAACCGUAACAGACGCGAGCAUGGGCAACGUCAGCCGGAGGAGGAGAACGGGGAGGAGAAGGGGGGGCAGGAGGAGGGGGAAGAGAAGGGGGGGAGGGAGAAGGGGGAGGAGGAGGUGAAGGACAAGGAGAUCGAGGAUUACGAGGGGGAGGAGAAGAGGGAGGAUAAAGGGGGGGAGAAAGGUGGGGAGGAGAAGGGGGAAGAGGAAGAAGCGCUGGCUUCUCUGACUGUUGUACAAGGUGCAGCAGUCUUGUCAGUGUCAGGAAUUGGUUGCCCGAGCUCUUUUCGUCUCAGCUUGAUGAGUUUAGGUGCCUUCCACGUGGAGGCGCUCGAUCUAGGCGAUCAUCAUAGGUUUACUUUGGAAGAUGCAGAGCUUGUCAAGUGGCAAUUAGGACAGCUGGAAAAGCGGUUCGCUGGAGAAAGAAGAGUUUUCCUAGUGAUGACCGAAAAGGAUUACAUGCGUGACAAAUGUAACAUGCAGAGGUGGUUUGGUCCCAUGGGCAGUGCCUUGGUCCUUAGUGCAGAGCUCCAGAUCAUUGGAGAUGAAGUCUGAUGAACUCUCUGAACAAACUCCACUCUCUGUUCCUCAAACAUUUCAAUCCACCUGACCUGCAAGCCAGUGAG